ACUGAAACGAAAGGGCGGCAGAUUCGAACGGCCGUGCUCUGAUGCCUUUACGAGAUACCUGUUACGUGCAAAUUAAACCAAAAACAAUCAUUUCCAGUGCGUGGAGACUUGAAUUUAUUCAACUUCAACAGGUACCCCUCACAGUAUGUCAACGUCUAAUAUUUUGCUAGUUACAGGGAGGCCAGGUAUCGGUAAAACCACUUUGGUUUCUCAUGUUUUUGAAGAGCUUCUUAAAAAUGGUAUACAGGCAGUUGGUUUUAAGACAGAAGAAGUUCGACAGUUCUAUUCAGGAAAGUCUACUCGUUUUGGAUUUGAUGUAGUUCUAUUCGAUUCAUCUCGAACAUAUCCUAGAGCUUCAUUAGCUCGUCUAAUUAACCAUUCAAGUCAACAAGUACAACGUCAACCUCGUGUUGGUCAGUACCUAGUAAAUAUAUCAUCGUUUGAGAGUUUGGCUAUUCCUUGUUUACAGUCUAUUAUAAACGAUUUGGAAAACGUUUCUUCUAUUAACAAUGUAAGAAAAAAUGAUUUAAUAGUCUGUAUCAUUGACGAAAUUGGUAAAAUGGAGCUAUGCUCAUCAAAGUUCACUUAUCUAAUUGAAAAGUUGAUUUCAUCAAUUUCGAAUUUACCUACAAAUAGUCAACGUGAUAUAAAACAUCCUACAGUUGUUCUUUUGGCUACUGUACCAUCACCAAAAAGACAAGAUGGUACACGUGGUAUUCCGUUGGUCGAUCAUAUCUGUUCAAUGAAGGAGGCUUCGAUAAUAGAGAUUGAUUUAUCAAAUCGUGAUGUGAUUAUUCAAGAAAUAAUGGAAAGAAUAUUAAAAUGUAAAUCUUCAUAGAGUAGUAAAACUUUAUGUUUUGUGAUUGGUUCACAAAGAUUUCAUGAAAGAAAAAAUCUUCGUUCCCAUAAUAUUCUUAACAGAAUCUAAUAAACAUAUAUCCGCUUUGUUGUUUUACUAUUUUCAUCAGUAUGGUUGACGUUCUGGUUAUCAUUUUUUCAUGUGAAAUAUAACAGUGAUAAUACGGGUUACAUUGUUGUCACCAUCUAAUAACAA